UAAGAGAGUACGCAGACGUCCUCCAGUACAGUAGGUGGUGCUGUUCACCUCUCAAGUCUAGUAUGUGACGUCACUGAGACCAGCGAGAGAACCCGUGAAGACAUCAUGGCGGGAUUAAUGAAAUGUGAAAGUGGUUUGCAUAUCGAAACUGUUGGAGUCCGUGUUUUUUGGAUUACCGUAUUAUUUUGCUUUCAGUUUUUACAUCAAUCGUCAGGUGCCACCCGUCCCAUCAUAGAAGUUAAAGAUGGACAAGAAAUUAAAUUGCAGGGCGCACAUCAUUUUUGCUACAAUAAUACCAUUGUACCUGGAUGGAGGGAAACGUGGACUAGAAUACAGGUGAGAGUAUGGAGCACAACAAAGCUGAAGGUAACGGUGGUAAAUGAUGAGCAGGACCUGCUGGAGCUUGAGCAUUUCAGCAUCUGGCAACUUGUGCAGUACUUCAUCCGUGAACAGACCAAUGAGACAACAGUGAGCGUCAAUCUGUUCAACAACAAGACAUGUUUUCGGGUGGACCCCUCAGACUCUCGAACACUCUAUUCUGUACAACCCAGUCGACAUUUUGACAUCUACAUGUUUUUGGUGUUUCUGGCUGGAGUGCUACUGUUCCUCUAUGCAGACAUACUCAGCAGGAGUCAAGUGUUUUACUACUCUGCAGGCAUGAGCACCGGGAUGAUCGCCUCCCUUAUCAUCAUCAUCUUUGUCCUUAGCCGGUUUUUACCGAAGAAAAUGCCUGUCUAUGCGCUGCUUAUGGGAGGCUGGUCUUUCGCUUUGUACAUCAUCCAGCUGGUAUUCCGGAACUUGCAGCUGAUUCUUAAAGAGCACUGGCUUCUGGCCAUUGGUUAUGCCACCGUUGUUGGGUUUGUCAGUUUCGCAGUGUGCUACCGCUACGGUCCCCUGGUGGAAGAGCGAAGUAUCAACAUCCUGUCCUGGACGCUACAGAUAUUCGGCCUUCUGCUCGUCUACGCAGGAAUUCAGGUUCAAGCUGUGGCUCUGGCUGUGAUGCUGGCUGCGUUCUGCUCUAAGAACCUGGAGUACCCUUUUACAUUGACUCUCGCAUUGUAUAAGAAACUAAUGCCAAGGAAACCAGAGCCGCGACGUUUGCUGACAGAAGAGGAAUAUCAGAGGCAAGGAGAGGCUGAGACUCAAAAAGCUUUAGAUGAGCUCAGAAAAUACUGCAGCAGUCCAGAGUUCAACACAUGGAAAACUGUCUCUAGACUUCAGUCACCUAAGCGGUUUGCUGACUUCAUCGAGGGAUCUCCUCAUCUGCUCUCCAAUGAGGUUUCAGUUCACACCCAGGAGUACAGGCCGAAUGGGUCGUUUCUCGAAGAUGACCUGUUUUCCACCGAUGAAGAAAAUCUAGAGGAGGAGGAGGAGGGAUGGGAAACCGAUGAUGAUGUAAAGUCACCAGUGGGUUCACCACAAAGAAACAAUACGCGGGCAACCAAUGGAGGUUUUCACUUAUGAAUGCAAAACGAAGGCGAUCGAAUUGGCACACAAAGCUGAACACCAGCUAGCACGUGAUAUUCAUUUCUGAUCCUUUUGUGAUCAGAUUUGGUGCCACAUUGUUAUUGUGACUUUCGAGAUAGGCGACAAGUUGUUUGAUAUUAAUUUUCUUUACAAAAUCAUUUUAUUUUUUAUUUUAACAUUGAAUUUGAAGAUAUUUGAUUCUUCCUGUCGGAGGGGACUGUGAAAGCCGUUGCUUUGCCCUGUUACGUGGAUUUUAUUUUAUUUAAUGUGUUUUAUGAUUUGUUGUGCAUUGUUUGUUUGGUUAUGUUUUGUUUUUAUGUUAAAUUAAGGCCCAGGCACAUGCAUGUAAAUGUCAGUAUUGAAGUUGAACAGAAGGGGCACAUAUGUGAGGAUUUUAAGUGCUGUUGACUGGAGCCAAAUGGUUAUUUUAUUUUUGUAUGAAUGAGCAAUAAAAGCAGAAUUGUUGA